GCUGCCCCUUCUGCCGAACGGGAUCUUCAGCGGCCACGCAAUCGGGAAAGGGCUGGUCUCUUCCCCCUCCCCUCCCACCCCUUCGACACCCCAACCCCUGGCUCAGUGGGACCGAGGGGAUAGGCCGGCAGGUGGAGCAGAGGUGGCCGAGGAGGAAUGCCCACCCUCCUUGCGAGAAUAAAUAGAGCCUCGAGGCGUGCGAGGUGGAUGGCACCGGGUAGGGGGCAUUUCUUGCCCAUGGCAAGCUGGGCUGAGCUAGGCGAGAGGGAAAGCGGGACGAUGCAGGCGCUCCUAUGCUGGGAAGGAAGGAGUCCUUAAGCGAGCGCCUUUCUCCAUCCCGGCCAGCUCUAUGCUGACUCUGGCCGGAGGGAGAGGCAGCUGCCCCCGCCGCAACUGAAGUGGGAGGGGAUCCCGGCCACCUGUCCCUCGAGCCUCUCGAGCAGUCGCACUCGCUUCCCUUUGGCUGCCCCCAUGGACGUGCUGGGCCACAUGGAGAUCCCCGAGGGCUCCCUCUGCUCCCUGUCGGCGGCCGACGACUUCUACGACGACCCCUGCUUCAACACGUCCGACAUGCACUUCUUCGAAGACUUGGACCCGCGGCUGGUGCACGUGCUGAAGGCCGACGAGCACGGCCACCCGCACGGCCACGAGGACGAGCACAUCCGAGCGCCCAGUGGGCACCACCAGGCCGGGCGCUGCCUGCUCUGGGCGUGCAAGGCCUGCAAGAGGAAGACCACAAACGCCGACCGUCGCAAGGCCGCCACCAUGCGCGAGAGGCGGCGGCUCAGCAAGGUGAACGAGGCCUUCGAGACGCUCAAGCGCUGCACCUCCACCAACCCCAACCAGCGCCUACCCAAGGUGGAGAUCCUGCGCAACGCCAUCCGCUACAUCGAGAGCCUCCAAGCCCUGCUGCGCGAGCAAGAGGACGCCUAUUACCCGGGGCUGGAGCACUACAGCGGCGAGUCCGACGCCUCCAGCCCCCGCUCGAACUGCUCCGACGGCAUGGUGAGUGAGCCCGAGCCGCUUCUGGCCCAGCUGGAUUACAGUGGACCUCCUUGCAACUCCCGCAGAAGGAACAGCUAUGAUAGCAGUUACUAUACAGAAACGCUAAGUGAUUCACUGAUCUCCUUGUCCUUAGAUGCCAAGCAAGGGAAGAGUUCAGUUGUUUCCAGCCUAGAUUGCUUAUCAAGUAUUGUGGAGAGGAUUUCCACGGACACCUGCCCCACCCUGCCCCCAGUUGAAAGUGGAACCGAGGGGAGCCCUUGCUCACUCCAAGAAGGUGCCAGCCUGAGCGACACUGGAGCCCAUAUCCCUUCCCCAUCUAACUGUCCUCAACUCUCCCAGGACUCUACCAGCAAUAGUGCCAACAAUCCAAUCUACCAAGUGCUAUAAAGCCACAGUAGACAACGGUUGUGACAUUGGCUCAGAGGCAGCCACCAAAUCAACUGAAACCUGCCUUUGAAAGAUUGAAAAAAGACAAUACAGUGUUAUUAUAACCACUUUUUAAAUGUAUCUAAUAAUUCCUCAUUUCAAGCUUAUAUUACUUUUGACACACUUAUUUAUUGGUUAUAAACAAAAGUUAUUUAAUUUGUAUAGAAGGCAAAAAAUGUGUAUCAUGAAAUGGCCAAUGUUUAAUCUGUGCUUAAACCAUGUUUUUGAGAGUAUCCUGAGAUCCUUUGUGAUCUAAAUUAAAUGCAGUCUUCCAUUGAAAUCCUGUGCACAGUUAGGAGGUUUAACUUCUAUUGACUUUGGCAGAAAUUAAGCAGCAUGUUUGCAGCUUUUCUCUCGUUCCCCUCAGAAUCAUACACAUCCACAUGCAUAAAAGGUUGUGGACCAUUUUUUUAAUACUUAUUUUGUAUACUUGUAAAUAAGAAUUGCUUUGCAAAAAAAGACUCCAACAAAACAUUUUUAAUGUAUUUAACAUGGCUUGGUUUGUCGUGUCAAACUUUAACUUUAUAUAUUUAUACAAUGUGAAUGCUGAGAAUGUUUGCAACAGUAUUCUAAAUAAAGAUCCUUAUUUAUAAAA